UUUGCUCAAAACAUUCUAGCCAACCAAAUAUGUUUUAUCUCUGAGCUGGUAUGGGGCAGAUCUUGACCUGUCCUGUCCUGUAAGUGUGACCCCUCCCUCCAUCACAUGUAAGAACGAUAACAUGGAGUUGACUGUUGGUGAUGGAACAGCAGAUGAACUGUCUGUUACAUUAAAUGGAGAAUGGGCACCUCUGCUUUAUGUGGCUACUCAAUGCUGGCACCGGAAGCUGUCUAAGGAGGGAGGUCUCACCUUCUUAGUUGCAUAUACAAGCUGUGGUGUCACCAUCAGAGAUGGUCGUUCUCAUCUGAAAUUAAAACUAAAAGACAAGGUGAUCACACUGUCCUGUCCACAUGAGCCAAGACCAGUGUUUCCGGUCAAGGACUCAGGACUUUCUGUGACAAACCAAAAAUUGCCACAAAGGGUACCCGACGUAUACCAAAAGCAACCAACUGGAUUUCCUACAAAAGUAUUACCCAGUCAGAUAGUGGAGGAGCAAGCAUUUUCGAUUGAGCAACCAGCAGGAAAUGCAGCUAGGGCGCCCUCUCGACACCGAAGUCCUUUGCUGCCUAAAAUACCACCUUUGCCUGGCUCUUUUAAUCUAGCUGUAAACUUCCCAUUUUCCCUUCCCAUACCAACACGGCCAGCUCACCGAGACCAUUUAGCAAGUAAACAUGUGACUCCUGCCAUGACUUAUGCUCCGACCACUGAUCCUACUGUCCUGCGCUCCGAGUUUAGCUCCAAUAUUCAAAAUGGACAGUCCCAUGUCCCUUAUGCCCAGACACAACAGGAACUUGAUGAUCCAGUCACGAAGGCUCCUAAACCUGAAUCUCACCGCAUGCAUUAUCCUCAUUUUGAAAGGCCUGCUUCAACGCAUUCUCAAACGGAGUCUUCACCAGCUCUGGAAUAUCAACUUUCAAGAGUGUCUGUCCCUAGUGCUGCACCGUAUCAGCCUUAUGGGUCAGCUCAGAACUUUCCUAAACCUAAUCCACUUCAAGUAAAUCCUGCUUUUGCCAGCUUGGCACAGUAUAUUCCACCUGGUUAUUUCCUAUGCUCUGAUGAUGGUCAAAAACUGCCACUUCUCCCACAGAUGUUUCGGCCUCCUGUUCCAAAUUCGCCUUCGCAAUAUCAAAAUCCUAGAUAUCAAAAGCCUGACAUUACUCCGCUUGUACCUGCUAAUCCUGAUACACCUCCCAUGAAAGGGUACUCCGAACAUCAACUGACUAGUGAUGUAGCUUCCAGCUCCCUUGAUUCUGGUGCCCCACUUUACCAGCCAACUCAACAUUUCCAGCCUCCUCGGUACCAGCGGUACUUCUACCAAAAUGGUUAUGGUCGUCAAGGACCCACCACACCCUUAUCUACUUCUCAGCGUAUUCCCAUAAAUCUGCAAUCUCAAACAAGGCCUUAUCCUCCUUACCCUGCUUCUCAAGAUUCAAGACCCUUCCAGCCACAAUAUUACCAAAAGCCUAGUCAACCUUAUGGGUCAAUCCAACAGCCUUGGUCAACCAGACACUUUCCUGUUAAAGUGUUGUCUCAAGACCCGAGACAAUUUAUGUCAGCCUCAAGCCAGAGACCGGAGUAUCUGCAGUAUCAGACUGGUGGAGACCAAUCUCCAAAUCCAUAUCAGAGGUCCUUUAUCCAUAACCCUGGCACCGGAAUCUCAAGUCCCUCACAAUACCAGCCCAGUCAGUUUUCCAAACAUCUCUAUCCACCAUUGAGACCAGAGGUACUUUCAGGUGCCGUUUCCACAGAAAAUACUCAAUCUAGUUCUAGAGGAUUUUUGCAGCCACGGUCCCAAGCUUCAAUUCAAAGUCCACUUGUAUACCUUCCUUCACUGGAAAAAACUGAGGCACAGGUUGCACAAGUUCCUUACAAUCGGGAUCCUUCAUUUGGGUACAUGCAGAAUCCUGAUAUCCACCCUGAAAGGCCAAGCGAACCAAGAAGUUGGAAGCCUCAGAAUGACACCAUUCCACCAUUGAGACCAGAGAUACUUUCAGGUGACGUUUCCACAGAAAAUAAUGGGGCUAGUCCUGUAGAAUUUUUCCAGCCACGGUUUAAAGCUUUAAGUCCACCUAGGCAACUUCCUUUACCAGAAAAAACUGAGGCACAGGUUAAAAGGAUAGGGCAACCAAGAAGUUGGAAGCCUCAGAAUGACACCCUGCCACAAUUGAGACCAGAGGUACAUUCAGGUGACAUUUCCACAGAAAAUACUGGAUCUAGUACUAUAGGAUUUUUCCAGCCACGGUUUAAAGCUUUAAGUCCACCUACGCACCUUCCUUUACCAGAGAAAACUGAGGCACAGGUUGAAAGGCCAGGCGAACCAAGAAGUUGGAAGUCUCAGAAUGACACCCUGCCACUGCACCAAUUCUUCAGACGGGCAAGACUACCGAAGAAUGUUUAUGUGCCCCCACACUUCAGGUCUACCUCAAAGAAAUGAGUGCAAUUGGCAUAAGGCAUCACGUAUUUCUGCAGCCCUCCAGCUGCUGAUGCUCAGAGUUAAAAUGUUGCUGGGAUUGAUGUACUAUGUUUGUUUGGAAGAGAUGGUCUU